UCUUCAUCAGUCUUUCACACGCGUGUUUUUUUGAAGAUUUCAACCUACUCUGACUCACAACAUCUACUUGUUGCUCGAUACGCAAUGGACCCAUUAUUGAACAACAAGGCUGAUGUUAUCAAAUACAUGAAUAGGAAUAUGGUACGGAACAAGUUCGAGGGACACCUGCAAAGGUUCUUACCUGCCAGCAAAUUGGAAGUGGUUACCAGCCUCGAAGUCAUCAGGAAUCUCGUAGUGGAAGAUCAAGAAUUGAUCCUAAACAACCAGGAAAAAGCCAAUCUCCCCGACCGCAUUAGCCAUUUCGGACGCAAAUUGUUUGCUAUAUGCGUGUUCCAAGAGAUUCCCUUGCUGUUUCUGAAGGCUAUGCUUGACAACGGUCUUACUGACAGAAGUCUGCCCCUCAGUGAAGAGCAAUUCGACAGCCUCAUCUCAAACCGCAAAAUGGUCAAAGAUUUCACCGAUGACCAGAAGCAUUUCAAUACAAUGUUUUUCAAAGAAAACUGCAACGAAUCAAUGGACGAAGAGACCUCGGACCAGCUUUCCAUGCCCAUCGACUACAACGGAUCAAAAAACUUGAUAGGGAGGGGUGCGUUCGGCGCAGUGUACGAUGUUCGCAUACAUCCCGAUCAUCACAACUUCACUUCUAACGGGCGGGACAAUCGAUUUGCCAUGAAAAUCAUGGAGAAGACUAUGGAUGAGCGCGAGAAGAACUACCAUGCUGCUAUGAUUGGAAUCAGUCACAGCCAUCUCGCCAAAUGUCUCUCAAGUUUCACACUGGGCGAGAAUUAUUACAUGUUUUAUGAGCUUGCUAGCGGAGACCUCGAGAAAUUCAUCUGUACACACCCCGUUGCUUCCUCGGAACCUGGUUUAACACCCUCGUGGCUUGCACAACAGCUUGCAGGCCUUGCAGCAGCACUUCGAGUAGUACAUAACCCUAGGGAUACCACGUCACGUACUAGCAACACUCUUGGCGUCCCGCAAUCCGGGAAGGACAAGACUGGAUACAUACAUGACAUCAAACCCGACAAUAUCUUGGUCUUUCAAUAUCCAGGAAAUCUGAAUUGGUUACGACUUUCAGAUUUCUCUUGUGCUAAAGUCAAUGAAUUGAAUGAGACAGUCAGUGGAAAUCGGAGAAGUCACAAAACGGAUAACAGGGCGGGAACUCCCAGCUAUCGGGCCCCGGAACAAAGGAAAGGGUCCACAUCUCGUCCUUACGAUCUCUGGUCAAUUGGCUGCGUGUAUCUUGAGAUACUUGUCUGGUUCACCGAACACUACGAAGGUCUUGAGAGGUUUCGCGACGAACGAACGGGCAAAAUUCAUCCUCAGGCAAUCACCGAUGAUGGUUUCUUCUAUGAUACACCAUCGGGUGAUUGUUUGCGGCCAGCUGUCACCAGCAAGAUAUCUGAACUCUCUCGAAAAUGCACCAACGAACUAAAGGCCAUUGCCGACGCCAUCCCCCUACUGCUCAAAAUCAAACCCGAAGAGCGCCUCAAUGCUUCGCAAUUAGCCCAACGAUUCAAGCAUCUCGAUACUGGGUCCUCAUCGUCAACCCAAGUCCCGUUCAUCGCCGAAAGUCUUCCCGUCCAUAGCCGCCCAUCGCCAAAGCUACCCGUUUACGAUGGUGAAUCAGACGACUAUGUCAAAAUUACGAAACCAAGCAAGUAACGCAUCAAGGGGAUAGAUAUAUCGAGAGCAAUAAUUCUACCUCGGAAUUCCCGUCUCUCGUUUCCAGUCCGAUGGUUAUUGGACAACCCUGGCACGGCCUAUAUAUCGGGAUGCAAUCAUGAGCGGCUCCGGCAGCCUGCUCAACAUUCCGACGCCACUAGUCCCGACCUCAGCUGGAGUUCAUUUUCUGUUCACUCUAUACUUCUUGUGAUCUUCUUUUUCUUCGCCUACGUUCGUCCUCAAUAUUUCAUUUCGUUCGAGUGUGUAUUAUUUCCAACUCAAUUUAAUUUCUAUUUCUUUCGGUAACUGUUUACUCGGCUCCAUCUAUCCUAUCUAUCCACUGGCGAUCUGUUCUACUCCUCACCUAUUACUUUCAGUUAUGUUUUUUUUUUAAUUCAAAACGGGCAUAGGAUUUGGCUAUGACUCAAUCGGGGCGUUGGAAAUCACCGCUGUAGGAUAUGUACGCUACAGUGAAGGUUGAAUAGUUUCAAAAUUUUCCUAUCGUUUUCAGCUGCACCUCCAAAAAUGAAAUAAGGAUAAAAAAAAAAGCACGCAAAAGGGCUUCUUAGUGACGCAGAGCGUGGUUUCUCCAGAUUGACAACCUUGCUGGGCCUGGGCUUGGCUAUCUUGGCGUUGUUUCGUAGCUUAUACAUAGUAUGUUCAGGCUCCCAAUCCAGUACCCACUCAUCCCCACAAACCUCUGUUUUCCACGCAGUGCAUUUGGAUCUUCUACGUUCCACGAGCGAUCUCUCUGCGAAUCCAACUUUCCUCGUUCAAACGACAAACGCUCGCUGCACACAA